AAAGCUGCCCACCGCUCAAGACGCAACCAGAGAGGAGAAGCACGAGGGGCGAGAACAACCUGACCCAGCUCGUGAACGGAGAAACACCGGGACAGGGAGCAGAGACAGGCAGAGACAGAGUGAGAUAUACACAGGGUGGAGCUAUCGAUAAGAGACACGCUUAAUAUAACAGAUAGGCUGUUUGCAGUGAAGUGAAUCGCGCCGGGAUGAGAGUAAUCUGACUUUUGCAGCGGAGCGUCCAGAGAAUUACGCGCGAGCGCACCAUUCCAAGGUGAACCAACUUUUACGCACGGACCUUUGGAGAUGCGGUGUUUCACUAACGAGGAGAAUGCUGCAUUAUUGUUACAAUAAACUGCAAUUUUGGCACGGGAGCUCGUGAUCAGAACAUUUUUGACUGGAGUUUUGACCGGAAAGUGGACACAUCGUGCACUUUGGCACAUGUUGACGAAUCAUUUUUCUUUCUUUUUUUAUUACACAUUUGGAGACAUUCUUGGAAUCGUAGCGGGACUUUAUUAGGACUCGCGUGGUUGUAGCCCUCGUGUAUGCUAAUAUAACACUCACUACGCAUUACGCACCUGUCCCACAGUAUACCCUUGACGUCUCCUUUUGAGAGUUUUCAAAACAGCUUUAUGGACAGAGUCAGACGUCUAGCCUGCGUGUGAGUCACCGUGAGCAAACAUUCAUCGGACAAGCAGCGCAUAUAGGCAGUGACACAUUUGGGGAUAUUAAACAGUGCGUGCCUUGCACAAGUGGCAAGCACACUACACCAGGACCAGGCUCGGUGCAGCCGGGGGAUUGGACGCCGAGGUGCUAAAUGCCCAGCCGGUCGCUUGCGGCUCCUCAGGCUGGGCGGCAACAUGAGGUCCUGGGUCCUGCUGCUGCUGCUAGCUGCGCUCUCAGCGGCCCGUCUGCGGCUCGGCAGCGCUGAGGGUGAUGCGCUUCCCUCGUCGCUGGUCGACCUGGUGAGGAACUCUCCCAUCUCUUCUGUUGACGACUUGAAGCUGCUGCUGCUGCAGGAGACCAAUGCAAUAGAAGAGGAAGAAGACGAGCAUGAUAUUCUCACAAACCACACCCAUGGCCGAUACACUAGAAGUCUUGUGGAGGCGCAGCCGGCUCAGCAGGCGGUGUGUAAAGUUCGGACGGAGGUGAUGGAGGUGACCAGGUCCAUGCUGGACCGCCACAAUGCCAACUUCCUGUUAUGGCCACCAUGCGUGGAGGUGCAGAGAUGUUCGGGCUGCUGUAACACCAGACUGUUGCAGUGUGUCCCCACCGUCACCUCCAGCAGAUACCUGCAGGUGAUAAAAAUCCAGUACAUAAACAGGAAAGCCCACUACGAAAAAGCAAUCAUCUCAGUGGAAGACCACGUCACCUGCAGGUGCCAACCUCCCUCAUCUUCCUCUUCCUCCUCAUCUGUUCCCAUGUCUCACUCCUCCAUUCAGAGCAACCCCAACCCCAACCCCAACCCCCCUCCACCUCCACCGCAGCAGCCUCCCCCAUCCUCCCACCUUCCCUUGCCCCUCCCCCGGACCGUCCACCAAGCUCCACCAAAGACUCACGCUUCCAAGGCCGACCUCCAUCGCCACGACGACCUGAAGCACAACCAGCAGCGUGAGCCGGUAGCGAGGCAGUGGCAGCAGGGCAGUUACACCCAGCUGGUGCACUGGACGCAGCCCAGGGUGCACCAGGCGCCCACACACGUGCAGUCGGGGGUGCACCAGCCGAUUGCUGGGGUGCUCGGGUCAGUUAGCAGCUGGCCAUCUGAAGCGAGGGCGGAGCAUAGCAUCAUGGGAAACACCCAGCAGGUCGGGCACGGGAGCGGGUAUGACGGGAGCAGGGAGGAGAGCGGCGUGCAUGUAGCAAACAGCGGUGGGGGAGUGCAUCAUCCAGAUCACGCGCAGAGGCAGCAACAGUUGUUGCAGCAUCAGCAAAGGCAGCAGUUUCCGCAGCAAUAUCAGUAUCAUCAUCAGCCACGUUAUCCACAGCAGCUCAACCAUGGAGCAGCGGAGGACCAAGAGCUGAGGACACAAUAUCGACUUAACACUCCCCAAUCAGACAGCGCCUCUCCGCCUGACAGCCCAACCCAGCCGCCCAAAUUAGAACAAAACCCCACCAAUCCAAUGACCACCAAUCAGAAAGACUCAGUGAUCAGCCAAACAAUUACAGAGGUCACGCAACACAAACAGACAGAGACUGCUACGACCAGUCAAAGACAAGGGAACGAGAGGGAGGAAAGUGGGUCUGCCAAUAGUGGGGACUCGGCCGGGACAGGGCUGGCCAAUCAGGGGAAGGAAAAAGACUCAAAUCUGACCGGCGGGGUUAGUCAUUUAACAGAGGAGGAGAGGAGACAGAAAGUUCUGGAGAUAAUACAGAGGGAACCGGAUCGACAGACUCAUCUUCAUCCGCAUCAUCCUCAGCAAAGACCAAAGCCGACCACAUUUAAAACAGCCCUCUCUACUGCGGCUCCCAUCUCGCCCUCAGCCCGUCGGGCCCCGUUCCGUCCAGCCUCGCCUCGCCGCAGGAGGAAACACCGCAAACGCAUCAGCAAAGCAGCCAUCAGAGCCAUGAUCAUGUAGAGCUGCAGGAAAUGGUAAAGCUAACCAAAAGUCAGACAAAUUGUACCAAAGGACUAUGGAGAGACAAGAAACAUGGGAUUCUUGAGUGUGGGAUGAUUGCCUCUGUGGACGGUUGCUGAGGGAUCCACAGAGGUGAUGGGACAUGGGCCGCUGUUUUUUAUUGGACAGCUUUAGAGAAGGCCACCUUUCCUGCUCCAGAGCUGCCGCAGAGCGUCCGGCUUCAUGGAUCUAUUUUAAGUGCAAUCUCAUUAAACUCUUUGGAAUAGAGGAUAUUUGUCACACUAAACACUGGAUUUCAAUAACGUGGAUCGAUGGAAGAUUAUCAUACAUCCAAUGCUAGACUGGUGGUCUCUUCAUGCAGUUGACAGCUAUUGAUUGGCUGCUUUAACAUAUUUGACUUCUAACUCAACUACUGAUUGGUCCACAAAUGGAGAACUUGACAAUGACUUGGACUAAGAAGUCAUUAUUGGAGGCUAAAUGUGGAGCUCAAGAUAACAUUGGAAAAGUGGAGAACUGGAUUUCUACACUGGGACAAUAACUGGAAAACUGGAGAGUGCAGCUCAGGCCUCAAUGCCAAACAUUACUGUUAUCCUACAAUGUCUGAAUCUAACUGUAUUUAACACUGGAGUAGCCAUACACUGAUCAUACUACAUUGACUAGAGAAGUGAUCUACCGUGUACUGUAGCUUAAUGUACUGGAAAAUAUUGAUAACCUGCUCAUUUUGUACUACUGCCAGAUCGAAAUGGAAUAACAACCAAAUGCCUGCCUAGAUAACAUGCUAUGAAUAUCCACAUUAAAGCAAGUCUUAAAGACCUGGCUUUUAGAAAUGAGCCAGUUAUAGCCAACACUGUAUGUCUAAAUGCUUUUAGAAAAUGAUUUCUGGGGGAGGGGGGGAGAAAAACUUUAUUUCUUAACUUAUUUAAAAAGGAGGAUAUGAAGUCCUCCAGUUCUCAAGUGUAAUUAUUGUUGCAGACAUGUUUCAGAUUAUAAUUAUUGGUUGUACAACUGUUACUGUUAUGAAUGUUAUUUUUAGUAAAAAAUAAAAAUGUUCAACGCGUA